UUCACAGGUGUCUCCCUAAGAAGAGAAGGCUGCCAUGGAUCUGGUCCUGGCCCUGGUGCUCACUGUGUCCUGUCUGCUUCUCUUCUCAGUCUGGAGACAGAACUCUGGGAGAGGGAGGCUCCCUCCUGGCCCCACUCCUCUCCCACUGAUUGGAAACAUCCUGCAGAUAGAUAUAAAGGACAUCAGCAAAUCCUUAAACGAAUUGUCAAAAGUCUAUGGUCCUGUGUUCACUCUGUAUUUUGGCACGAAGCCCAGUGUUGUGGUGCAUGGAUAUGAAGCAGUAAAGGAGGCCCUGGACAGUCUUGGAGAGGAGUUUUCUGGAAGGGGUAGCUUCCCAAUUGUUGAAAGAAUGAAUAAUGGCCUUGGCAUCAUUUUCAGCAACGGAACAAAAUGGAAGGAGCUUCGGCGCUUCUCACUUAUGACCUUGAGGAAUUUUGGGAUGGGGAAGAGAAGCAUCGAGGAUCGCAUUCAAGAGGAAGCACGGUGCCUUGUAGAAGAGUUAAGAAAAACAAAUGGCUCACCCUGUGAUCCCACCUUCAUCCUGAGCUGUGCUCCCUCCAAUGUGAUCUGCUCAGUUGUUUUUCACAAUCGUUUUGAUUAUAACGACAAGAAUUUCCUUAAUUUGAUGGAGAAAUUAAACGAAAACUUUAAGAUUUUGAACUCCCCAUGGAUGCAGGUCUGCAACGCUAUCCCUGCCUUCCUUGAUUAUCUCCCAGGGAGCCAUAACAAAGCACUUAAAAAUUUUGCCGAAAUAAAAAGUUAUAUUUUGACACGAGUAAAAGAACACCAAGAAACCCUGGACAUGGACAAUCCUCGGGACUUCAUCGACUGUUUCCUGAUCAAAAUGGAACAGGAAAAGGACAAUCCACACUCUGAGUUUACUACUGAAAGCCUGAUGGCUACUGUGGCUGAUGUGUUUGUAGCUGGAUCAGAAACCACAAGUACUACCCUCAGAUACGGGCUCUUGCUCCUCCUGAAGCACAAAGAGUUCACAGCUAAAGUCCAGAGAGAGAUUGAUCAUGUGAUUGGCAGACACAGGAGUCCCUGCAUGCAGGACAGGACCCGAAUGCCCUACACAGAUGCAAUGGUGCAUGAGAUCCAGAGAUACGUUAACCUCAUCCCCAAUAAUGUGCCCCAUGCAGCUACCUGCAAUGUUAAAUUCAGAAAUUAUGUAAUUCCCAAGGGCACGGACUUAAUAACAUCACUGACUUCUGUGCUACAUGAUGACAAAGAAUUUCCAAACCCCAAAACAUUUGACCCUGGACAUUUUCUGGAUGAGAAUGGAAACUUUAAGAAGAGUGACUACUUCAUGCCUUUCUCAACAGGAAAGCGAAUGUGUGUGGGAGAGGCCCUGGCUCGGAUGGAGCUGUUUCUGCUUCUGACCACCAUUUUACAGAAUUUCAGUCUGAAGUCUUUGGUUGACACAAAGGACAUUGAGACUACCCCAGUGGCCAGUACUUUUGGCCGUGUACCACCUUCAUAUCAGCUGUUCUUCAUCCCUCGCUAAAGAACAGACUGGCCGUUGCUAUGCAGGUGUUGGUGACAUGGU